AUGCAGCACUUUGUCGAGACAAGACUAAAUUUGGACUUUGAUACCCAACCCCUGUUCAAUUGGAACACGAAGCAGGUUUUCUUGAGUUUGACAGCGUCUUAUGACUCGCCGCGUUAUGGCACGCAAGACGUCGUGGUAUGGGACAAGAUUGUGCGCAACGAUGAUGAGAAAAGGAUCCGUAUAUCUUACUUGCGUAACAAAUAUGGAUUGCGCGAAUACUCCAAGUCGUUCGAAAACGUUACAUCUCUCGACUUCCGAAUUGAGUGGAACGUCAUGCCUUUUGUGGGUCUUAUGCAGCGCGGCGUGACACCCCGUUCUGAUCCAUACGCAUUGCAUCAAGACCCACAACUUCGCAAGCAAUCGCCUGCUCUUCUACCAUAUUAG